AUGACACCGCUCCUCCAUUCUCUGGCGGACCAUGUGAGUCUUUUCACUAUGGCCGUUGCUAUGGGCGGGAUUGCCGUCUUCAUUUAUCACGCGCAUCGGGGAGGGAAGUUGGGCAAACUGCUGCCAUCCUCCUGCCGUGGCCGUCGUUCGCCCGUGCUCAACGGCGUUGUCGCUGGCCAGCAGCCGGAGAUGGCAACGAGGAAGGCGAUACAUCACAUCAUGCGCGGGGAGAUUGCAACACUGGGCGAGUUGGUGUACUUCUUUCGCGGCGUUGGCAAUGAGAAGAAAAUUUUCAUUGAUCCCGUUCUUCUGUCAUAUCUGCAGCGUCUCUUGGCGGCGGAUACCCCGCCGGACGCCAUUCCACCUGAGCUUCAGGAUGCGCAUUUGCGGAAGAUGCUGUGUCAGCUUUGUCACUGCAGCGAACAAGCUACCCGUUUAAAGAUGGAACGCGCCACAUCAUUUGAUGCUGAGAACCCAGAACACAUGCGCCUGCUCAGGGAGUUAUGGGCGGCAGCGGGGAAGUUGCCUGCCGACUUUUCCCAUCGCAGUGAUAAGUGGGUGGAGUUUGGCUUCCAGGGGCUCGAUCCCGCAACGGACUUCCGCGGGGGUGGCGUCUUGGCCCUGCGGCAGUUUUUGCACUUUGCUCAAACACACAACGCGGAAUUUAAGGAGAUGAUGACCUUUAACAAGAGGGCUAUUGCUGCAGGCGAGGAUAGCUGGUAUCUUUUGGCCGUUGUCUCCAUUCAGUUUACGGCGCAGUUGUUGCUGCAGCAGGAUCACACGUUUUAUCUACCGCAGCUGGAGGUUUUGUAUGACACCAUCCGUAGAGAAGACGAGGACAACGAGAAGAAGCUUGGUGUUACGGUGCGCCACGUGGGCGAUGCACGUGCGGAAGUGAUGGAACGCAGCUGCGGCAACAAGGAAAAGGGCGACACCGGUGGCGGCAAUCGGAGCAAAGCGGUUCGCACUCCAUGGAGCGAAAAGAGCGACUUUGAGGCGGGCUUUUACUUACUUCAUCAUCAGCUCCUGCUGCACUUUAAGACGUGCUGGCAUCGUGACCUGCCGCACGUGAUGGAGUACGGCAAAUACAUGCCAACAGUAUUCCGGAGCUUCUUCGUGCAGGCCUGA